UUUUUGCCCCCACCUCCACUCCCACAGAAGUGAAGAGCCAUUUCUUCCCAUCUCUGCGCAGCACUUUCGUAAGUGAAGAGCCUCUAUCUCUUCCCAUCUCUGCGCAGCACUUUCAUUAACUCGAGAAUUCUCUUCCGCUUUAUGAUAUUUUUUCCCUUUUCCGAUUUUCUAACUGAAACAUCGCCGAAAGAACUUAAGAAAAAAUAAAAGAAAGAGGAAUAAUGGAUUUAAGGGCGAGCUGGACUGCGAGAGCCACUGGGGUUUCAGUUUCUCCCACAACUGUGGAUGGUUUCCACAGGCCUUCCCGCCAAAACCAUAAACUGUCCUUCUCAUUUUGUCCUUGCCCAUCUACCUAUGCCCCAUACGGGUCUUGUAUUGCUCAAUACGGAAAGAGAAACGCGCACGAUGACCCAGUUGUAAAACCAACCAUUGUAGAAGUGUCGAUGGAUGAUGAAGAUAAACUUCUACUUGAUGACGUCGAAGAUGGUGAGUACGUGGAAGAAGAUGCUGAAGUAUAUGCCGGGGAUGGAGGUGGUGGGGGUGGAAUAUCACUUGCUGGUACCUGGUGGGACAAAGAAGCAUUAGCAAUAGCUGAAAAGGUUUCUUUAUCAUUUGAUGGUCAAUUGAAAAUAUAUGCUUUUAAGACGCUGGCAACUUGUACCAUUAAAGUGCGCAUUGAGACAAUGUCAAAUAAGUCUGGUUCCCCAUCCAUGAGCGAUAUUGAAAAUUUCUCUUCAGCCUAUAGAGCAAGGUUGGACAAGGCUGAGCUCGCUGGAUCUGUACCAGGAAGUUUAACUCUGGAGGUGUCAUCUCCUGGGGUUGAAAGGGUUGUUCGGGUUCCAGAAGAGCUAGACCGGUUUAAGGAGAGGGCUAUGUACGUGAGAUACACAGGUGAUAUAGGCGGUGAUGGUUCAUCCACCGAAAAUGAUGGUGUUUUCCGGCUUAUCUCCUUUGAUAUGGAGGCAAAAUGUUGCACUUGGGGUUUGGCGGAUGUAAGGAUAAAUAGGGAGAAGGCUGGGAAAGGAAGACCCCUCUCCAAAAAGCAAAGGGAGUGGCGGUUGAAUACGCCCCUUCAUUCCUUACGCAUGGUUCGCUUGUAUUCCGAUUGUUGAACAAUUUGGGUCUGCCUGUAGUUGUAAAUUGUAAUACUUUAUUUCCAAAUCUCUCUCUCUCUCUCUCUCUCCCCCAAGGUAUACAUGUAGUACAUACAACCGCUCAUACACUAAAUAAAUACUGGAUAUAUGUAUGUGUGUGUGUUUACACAUUUGCACUUGGCAA